AUGACCGACCUUCACAUGAGAGAGCGGCAGGGUUUCACAGGAAAGCUGAACGAUGCUCUUCUCGAAAGAGUUCAUUUCGUUUCUCGGCGGCUCAACCUUCCACAAAUUGAAUCAAAGUUUCCACAUCUCAGCGUAAGUGACGGUUCGUGGCGUAAAUCCCCUCCAGGUGACGAUGUGAAUCUCGCAACUUUCAUUGAUCACACGUUACUAAAACCUGAGGCAACCCAAGCGCUUAUAAUGAAGUUGUGUAAGGAGGCGCGCGAUCACAGAUUUCACGCCGUCUGCGUAAAUGGCAGCCGGGUACGCUGUUGUGUGAAGGCGCUGAAGGGCAGUGGUGUACGCGUUGCCGCAUGUUGUGGUUUUCCACUUGGGGCUGGUAGCACUGAGGCAAAAGUGGCGGAAGCGGUUGCGGCAGUACGAGAUGGUGCCGCCGAUAUCGAUAUGGUCAUUAAUGUUGGUGCCGUGAAGGAGCGAAACUACUGCCUCGUGUACAGCGACAUAAAAGCGGUGGUGGAUGCGUGUGGCCAUAAUGUGACCACAAAAGUUAUUUUUGAAACAUGUCUUCUCACACCCGAGGAAAUCAUUGACUGCUGUAUCCUGUCAGUCGCUGCUGGUGCAUCAUUUGUGAAAACCUCCACAGGAUUCAACAUUGGUGGUGCCACGCCCGAAGCUGUUGAUAUGAUGUUGGCGACUGUUGGAAACGAAGCGAAAGUAAAGGUAAGUGGUGGUGUGCGUGAUCGCGAAACGGCUCUGCAAUAUGUGAAGGUUGGUGUAUCACGCAUUGGCACAAGCAGCGGUAUUGCCAUCAUAACACAUACCGACCGCUCCCGCAGUAAAUACUAA